GUCCACAAUGCAUAGCGAUGAUAAUUUUGACGGAUUAUAAAAACAUAGUGAGAUGUUGUGUUCUACAACGGCCGUCCGGUUUAUUCAGAGAGGAAAGAUUGCCACACGUUGGCUCUCUUCGAGGCCACAGAAAUUGUCUCCAGAGCGCAGAGAAAAAGAACUAAAAUCACUUUUAUCAACUGGAUGGGUAGAAGCUAAAACACGUGAUGCAAUUCAGAAAGAUUUUCAUUUUAAAAACUUUAACCAGGCAUUUGGUUUCAUGACUCAAGUUGCCCUGAUGGCUGAGAAAAUGGACCAUCACCCUGAGUGGUCCAAUGUCUAUAACAAGGUUAACAUCACCUUGACGACACAUGACUGUGGAGGAAUCUCUUCUAAUGAUGUCAAAAUGGCCGAGUUUAUUGACACGCUGCAGCAUACAUAAACAGAUGGUGAAGAGGAAAAUAGAAAGGAAAUACCCACACACACAUAAAGGUGUGGUUUACGUGUACCUUAAUAUUUGUUAAAAACCAUUGUCCCUCCCCCUCAUUGAGCAUGAGCCCCUCUUCCACCCCCACCCCCCCUGAACUUAUAUUGAUCGAAAUUGGAAUUACAAACAUAGUAAAGAAACAAAAUGUGAGGCCCUUUUAAAAUAUGCUGUUAUAUAUAAAUCGGGUUUCACACCUAUGGAAUAAAUAUUCUUAUAUAAUA